AUGGCGCAGCACGAGGGGACAGCGGCAGGGCUCACGAUCUGUGUUGCUGUUGAUGGUAGCGAGAAUUCUUUUCGAGCGUUGGAGAAGGGCAUAAAUCUUGUCAGCUCGCGAGGGCGGCACGACCGUCUCGUUCUUCUUAUGAUCCAGCCUCGAAGCACGUUGCUGGAAGCGCUGGUGGACCCCUUCGACAUGCUGCACAUCCCUGACCGACAGCUGCGCCUCUUUGCCAAGAAGAAGCUGACUGAGAGCGAGCUCAGGUGCAAGGAAGAGAAGGUGCGGUUUGAGACGAAGAUCGUCGUGACGGACGUGAGCGAGAGGGAGGAACUGCUGGGGCAGAUCGAAGCCCUGUCGCCCGACCUCGUCGUGGUGGGCCGACGGGGUCUGGGCGCGUUGGCCAAGUUGGUCAUGGGAUCCACCUCCGAGUUUUGCUUACAGAACUGCCCCUGCCCCGUCUACGUCGCUGCUUGA